UUCUUCUUCCUCUUCCUCCUCUACGUAGGUCUUAUAUCUAUAGAUAUAAAUAUAUAUAUUAAAUUAUAUAUACAAACCCAAACACCAAUAAACGCAAAAAGCUCCCACCUUUUCCUCCUUUCCUCUCCAAAGCUCCCACCUUUAUCCAUGGCGACCACCACCGCCACCUUCUCCUCCUCCUCCGGCGCUCCGAAGCUCGCGCCUUUCCCCUCCCCCCUCCUCCUCCGCCGCCCCCCUCGCCCCCUCCAACUCCUCGCCGCCGCCGCCGCCGCCGGUCCCGCGGAGAAGGAGGCCAAUCCGUUCGUGGAGGUGGACUUCGCGAUGGACAAGCCGCGGGAGGAGUGCGGGGUGGUGGGGGUGGUGGGCGACCCGGACGCGGCGUCGCUCUGCUACCUGGCGCUGCAGAAGCUGCAGCACCGGGGCGAGGAGGGGGCCGGGAUCGCGGCGUCGGACCCGUCGUCGUCCCCGCCGCGGCUCCGGUCGGUGACGGGCCUGGGCCUGGUGACGGACGUGUUCUCGGACCCGGCCCUGCUCGCGUCCCUCCCCGGCGGGUCCGCCAUCGGCCACGUCCGCUACUCCACCUCCGGCGACGGCUCCCCCUCCGCCGCCGCCGCGAACGUCCAGCCCUUCCUGGCCUCGUACCGGUUCGGGCAGCUGGCCGUGGCCCACAACGGGAACCUGGUGAACUACCGCCCCCUCCGCGCGCUGCUGGAGUCGCGCGGCUCCAUCUUCAACACCUCGUCCGACACGGAGGUGCUCCUCCACCUCAUCGCGGCGUCCCAGUCCCGCCCCCUCCUCUCCCGCAUCCUCGGCGCGUGCGAGGCCCUGGAGGGCGCCUUCUCCCUCCUCCUCCUCUCCCCCCACAAGCUGUUCGCCGUGCGCGACCCCUUCGGGUUCCGGCCCCUCGUCCUCGGGCGCCGCCCCAACGGCGCCCUCGCCUUCGCCUCCGAGACCUGCGCCCUCGACCUCAUCGACGCCGAGUACGUCCGCGAGGUCGAGCCCGGGGAGCUCGUGGUCGUGGACGCGCGCGACAUGUCGGUGUCCUCGCUCUGCCUCCUCCCCCGCCGCCCCCGCCGCGCCUGCGUGUUCGAGCACGUCUACUUCGCCCUCCCCAACUCCGUCGUCUUCGGCCGCCCCGUCCACGCCUCCCGCUCCGCCUUCGGCCGCGCCCUCGCCGAGGAGUCCCCCGCCCCCGGCGCCGACGUCGUCAUCCCCGUCCCCGACUCCGGCUUCUACGCCGCGCUCGGCUUCUCCGAGGCCUCCGGCGUCCCCUUCCAGCAGGGCCUCCUCCGCUCCCACUACGUCGGCCGCACCUUCAUCCAGCCCUCCCAGGACGUGCGCGACCUCGCCGUCAAGCUCAAGCUCGCCCCCGUCCCCGGCGUCCUCCGCGGCCGCAGCGUCGUCGUCGUCGACGACUCCCUCGUCCGCGGCACCACCUCCUCCAAGAUCGUCCGCCUCCUCCGCGGCGCCGGCGCCCGCGAGGUCCACGUCCGCAUCGCCAGCCCCCCCGUCGUCGCCUCCUGCUACUACGGCGUCGACACCCCCUCCUCCGCCGAGCUCGUCUCCAACCGCAUGGACCCCGAGGGCGUCCGCCGCCUCAUCGGCGCCGACUCCCUCGCCUUCCUCUCCCUCGACAAGCUCCGCUCCCUCCUCGGCGACGAAUCCCCCACCUUCUGCGACGCCUGCUUCUCCCGCGACUACCCCGUCCCUCCCCCCCAGCUCCACCUCCAUUCCACCGCCGCCACAACGGCCGCCUCCGAAUCCGAGGACUAGCAAGCAAGUACAGGCAUUUCCUCGAACAGUUCAAAGUUCAAAACAGCUAUCUGAGUACUCUUCUGUUUCUGGAAGAUCUGCUGCCGUAGUCAAAAGCACCAAAAGGUCUGUUCCACUGCCUUGAGUUUCUAUGAACUUCCUGAAGAUUUCGCUUUUCUAUUGCCUAAUUGUACGGCACAAGUGCUUUCAUUAUCCUACAAGUGAUAAUAAAAGUCCUCUUGUGUUUCUAUUUGACUGAAUUUUUGGAACUUAUGUUGUCUAUUUUGUCAAGCUAUCAUCAGGAUUUGACUGCUUUUAACCCCUUAUCUGAAUUAUGGCAGUCUGCCGCGAAGUCUUUCAAAAUUUCGAUUUUACUGUCCAAUCUUUCAUUUUAUUUAA